AGCGUCUUUCUCCCCUAAUACCCAACCCCCAGGCCACUCUCUUGCUGCUGCCCAGUUCUACUUCGUCCCCAUCCCCCAUCCCCCUUCCCACCAGCCCAGAGUGGCCCAGAAGGCAGGCAGAGAUUGGGGGAAGGGGGGAAGGGUAGCGGAGAGUCGGGAGAGGAGGCGAGGAGAAAGCAGGGGAGGGGAGGGUUAGAGCCUCCGCAGCUGCUCGGAGUUUUAGGGCUGCACGUAGCCUCUGCGCCCAGGCCUUGGGACUGGUUGCGCAGUAUAAGGGGCGGGGCUGUUGUCUGGGCCCUCUAUAUAUGAGGCUCGCUCCGCCCUUUGCGCUUUCGGCUUUUCUCCCAAGCUCGGUGCCAGGAUCUGCUGUUUUCAGUCGCAUCCCUGAAACAAGAUGGUGAAGGUCGGAGUCAACGGAUUUGGCCGUAUUGGGCGCCUGGUGACCAGGGCUGCAUUCGCCUCAGGUGGAGUAGACAUCGUGGCCAUCAAUGACCCCUUCAUUGACCUCAACUACAUGGUUUAUAUGUUUCAAUAUGAUUCCACUCAUGGCAAGUUCAAGGGCACUGCCAAGGCUGAGAAUGGGAAGCUGGUGAUCAAUGGAAAAGCCAUUACCAUCUUCCAGGAGCGGGAUCCCGCCAAUAUUAAAUGGGGAGAUGCUGGAGCCGAGUAUGUUGUAGAGUCCACUGGAGUCUUUACCACCAUGGAAAAGGCUGGGGCUCACUUGAAGGGUGGAGCCAAGAGGGUCAUCAUCUCUGCCCCUUCUGCUGAUGCCCCCAUGUUCGUGAUGGGAGUGAACCAUGAGAAAUAUGAUAAUUCCCUUAAGAUUGUCAGUAAUGCCUCCUGCACUACCAACUGCUUGGCCCCCUUGGCCAAGGUCAUUCAUGACAACUUUGGCAUCGUGGAAGGACUCAUGACUACAGUCCAUGCCAUUACUGCUACCCAGAAGACAGUAGAUGGCCCCUCUGGUAAGCUGUGGCGCGAUGGGCGUGGUGCUUCCCAGAACAUCAUCCCUGCUUCCACUGGUGCUGCUAAGGCUGUGGGCAAAGUUAUACCUGAACUGAAUGGGAAGCUCACAGGCAUGGCCUUCCGUGUUCCUACUCCCAAUGUAUCUGUUGUGGAUCUGACCUGCCGCCUGGAGAAACCUGCCAAAUAUGAUGAGAUCAAGAAAGUGGUGAAGCAAGCAUCAGAAGGACCCUUGAAGGGCAUCUUGGGCUACACAGAGGACCAGGUUGUAUCCUGUGACUUCAACAGUGACAGUCACUCUUCUACCUUUGAUGCUAGCGCUGGUAUUGCCCUCAAUGACCACUUUGUCAAGCUCAUUUCCUGGUAUGACAAUGAGUACGGUUAUAGCAACCGUGUAGUAGACCUCAUGGUCUACAUGGCCUCCCAGGAGUAAAGUGGAAAGCCAUGAACCUUCAUCCCCAGCCAAAAAAAGGAGGUCCACCACUGGGGAGCCUACAUUCCUAACCUAUGUUCCUGUACUGGGGAUCCGUAUCCCAUUCACAUCCUUAUCCUAAAGCACCCCUGUAGUAAGGGGGAGAAGCCUAGAGUCCUAUAUUGUGUACCAUCAAUAAAGUCACCACAUUCAGUGCA